AUGAUAACAAAAUUGGAUGAGCUCUCUGUCGAAUUAUUCUAUGAGAUAUUUAUUUAUUUCCAGUUCCAUGAAAUAUUCAAUAUUUUUUCUAAUCUCAAUUCUCGUUUUACUGCUAUCGUUAGCAAUAUACCAUUUAUUCGCGCUAACUUGGGUUUGAAUGGUAUGAAUAUCGUUAUCACUGAAUUUUAUUAUGCACAUUUAUUACAACCAAAUGUAUGUGAUCGUCUUAUUUCAUUGUGUAUUUCACAUACAUUAGCUAUUGAUAAUGGUUUAUGGUUAGCAUCUAAUUUAUCUACAUUUAUCAAUCUUCGUCAUUUAUCUUUAAUCGAUAUUAAACGUUCUUGUUUUGAAUUAAUGCUCAAUACAUCUACACCUAACACAUCUCUCGUCAUAUUUAACGUACAUUAUACAGAAUACUAUCGAGGUGCAUAUACAUUUCAAGGUGUACCUGAGGGUGCAUAUUAUAAAAGAAUCUUUCGUUUAUUUCCUUUAUUACGUGUAUGUCACCUUCGAUUCUGGCGGUAUAUAUACAAUACUCUAGACAGUCAAAUAGUUCUACCACUUAAUAAAACUUUUAUACCGAUUGAAACAAAUCAUUCGAACUUACAAUCACUUGUACUUCGAGAAUGUUCACCAGCUUUUCUCUCACAUUUACUUGAAUAUCAUCCACAAUUGAAAGAACUCAGCUUUGAAAUAAGUACCCCUUGGCUACCUGAUAUACAUCCAUUAUUGAAUAAUUAUAACAAGUAA